CAGAUAUAAAUGAAUGCACCAGUAACACUCAAAACUGCCAUUCUAAUGCGACCUGUAACAACACUGACGGAAGUUUUACUUGUGCAUGUAACUCGGGUUAUACAGGCGAUGGAAUAAAUUGUACAGCCUGUCCGGAAGGUAAAUACGGAGAUAACUGCACAGAAACCUGUAAUUGUGACAAUGACAACACCGUAUCAUGUGACAUUAUCAUCGGAACGUGUAACUGUUCCAAAGGAUGGAGCGGAGUUAGAUGUCAAGAAGACAUUAAUGAGUGCGAAACUAACACGUGCCCGAAUAACUCGAACUGUAUCAAUACUGAAGGGUCUUUCUACUGCAAAUGUGACGUAGGUUAUUUCACGACCAGUGAUGGAGCUUGUCAAGGUUGUCGACAGAAUACAUUUGGUUAUGAGUGCAACAGUACGUGCGCCUGUAAUGAAAACACAACACAGUUAUGUAAUACUAUAAAUGGUAUGUGUACAUGUAAGACUGGUUGGCAAGGAGACACGUGCAGUGAAGAUACCGACGAAUGUGAAACCGGAACGUUUGAUUGUCCGGAAAACUCAACGUGUGAGAAUACAAACGGCUCAUACCAAUGUAAUUGUGUACCUGGAUACAUGCAAGUAAACGGCGUAUGUCGAGAUAUUGACGAAUGCUCGGAUAAUCCAUGCACAGACGCACAUCGAACAGUUUGUAUAAACAGUCUUGGUUCCUAUUCCUGUGAUUGUGAAGAUGGUUUUGAACUGACCAGUAAUGAAACCUGCGUUGAACCAACAACAAGUACUUCAACUACAGAACCUACAACUAUUAAAACAACAACAGAAACAACAACAACUACAGAGCCUACAGUAAUUCAGUCUGGUUUGUAUUUGAGACAUGGUGAGGAAGAAGGAGACGACAGUAUGACUGGAACAGAUGACGGAUGUAACGCUUUAGUACGACCGUCCUUUGCUGUCCCGUUCAGUCGGGCAAGAUAUAGAACGAUCUACGUAUGUGCUAAUGGGCUCGUGUGUUUCAACAGACGUUAUCAAAGUUACACAGUUCCAGCAAACAGACAAUACACACCUGAUUUAGUUGGUAUUUAUUGUCUGGCUCCCUACUUCACAGAUUUGGAUUUGAGAAGUUCGGGUUCAGUGUGGUACCAGGCAUAUACCAUGUCAUCAGACGCUGAAAGUAUCAGAGAAUCCAUGAAGAAUCUUGUAAAUGAAACAUACUCUGUACACAUAACACCGAUUUUCAUUUUCAAAGCAACUUGGAAGGAGGUCCCUUUAUAUGGUGGAACUAGGCACGAGACGGUCACUUUCCAAGUAAUUUACGUGACAGACGGAGAAGUUGCCUACUCGUUCUAUUUCUACGAGGGAGGUUCUAUGAAGUCUGUCUCAAAUAUGCAGUUUAUCGGACUAUUGGUCAAUGGUCAUGCUGAUGGUCUAGAUGACAGUUCUGAUGGUUCUUAUUUACGUCAAGCAGACAUCAAUCUAAUUCUUGAAACUUCAACCAUAGUGUAUCAAGGAGCAACAACGUUUGAACUUACACCACCAGACGGACUAGGUCCUAACUAUCAAGCUAUGUGUACAAACUGGCAUCAGGGAGAACUAAAAAAUCGUGAUUAUUAUAGACAACAAUUGGCCAGCAUGCCACAAUGUCCGUGCAUAUCAUUCUUCCUCUCUUUCGACGGACGGUUUGGUUGGCGGACAAUCGACUGGGCAAAUAGAGUAUUGACUGCUCCUGUAAGACAUACAUGUGGAGGUCCUUUUGCACCACAUGGAAAGACAUGCACAUACGAUUUAUGGACCGGCAGUUUAAUAUUUUGGGGCAGGAGAGCAGGGUCGUUUGAAACCUACAAUCAAAUAAGAUAUCCGCAAUUGCACUGGCAGAAUGAUGCAUUUUACAAGGACAUAUGUUGUGAACGAACUGACCUCUGUCAUCUAUAUUAUGACGUCAGACCUCGC